CCUCUCUUUCUCCCUUUUAAUAUCCCACAAACCUUUCCCAUUCGACAUGUCUCCCCCCAAAGCCCUCCUCAUCGGCUCCCUCGCCCACGCCAACUCAGAAUGGCAAGCCCUCAGCAGCAUCGCCACGCUUGUGGAAUAUCCCGAGACCGGCUCACGUGAAGACUUCAUUUCCAAAUGCCGCUCCGGCGAAUUCGACGGCGUGGUAGCGUUGUAUCGCAGUAACGACUCGAACAAGAUCACUGGCAGCUUUAGUAAGGAGAUUAUUGAUGUGCUGCCGGAAAGUCUGAAGUACAUUUGUCACAAUGGCGCAGGGUACGACAAUAUUGAGGUGGAGGCGUGCACAGAGAGGGGUAUUAGUGUGUCCAGCACGCCAGUAGCUGUGAAUGAUGCUACAGCGGAUGUGGCGAUCUUUUUGAUGUUGGGGGCGUUGAGGAGGAUCACGCACAGUUGGACGGCGAUACGGGAAGGUAAAUGGCGCGGCGGCUCAAACUUUCAACUCGGCCACGAUCCCAGAAACAAAGUCCUGGGUAUCCUAGGUAUGGGCGGCAUCGGCAAAGCGGUAGCUACGCGCGCAAAAGCCUUCGGUAUGCAGAUCCAGUAUCACAACCGGACCCAACUGUCCGCCAACGAGGAGAACGGCGCGAAGUAUGUCAGCUUUGAGGAGCUGCUCAAGACGUCCGACGUGCUCAGUCUCAAUCUCGCGCUCAACCCUUCUACGAAACACAUUAUAUCAACGCCGCAGUUCCAGAUCAUGAAGAAGGGCGUAACUGUUAUCAACACGGGAAGGGGGCCGCUAAUCAAUGAGGAGGCGUUGGUGCAGGCGCUUGAGGAGGGGAUCGUGUGGUCGGCUGGGCUGGAUGUGUAUGAGCUGGAACCCACGGUUCAUGAGAAGCUGUUGUCGAAUCAGAAUGUUGUUUUGCUACCGCAUAUAGGGACCGCAACGGUCGAGACACAGUACGAUAUGGAGGUGUUAGUGCUCGACAACAUCAAGGAGGCUAUCCAAAAGGGUAAGCUCCUGACGCAGGUUCCCGAGCAGAAAAAGAAAGGAGGUGCGUGAAACUUGUGAGCUAUUGGUGUGUUAGAUAGAUUUAGAUGUUUCGCUCGGUGCAGUCUUAAGAUCUCUUGUGGGUACUUUGUAGAAGGAACUGAGUCCGGUUUCAAGCCAAUCUACUACAAUGAUAUGGCGCGGAUUGUGAAUUGGUAGAUGAAAUUUAAUGGGGUAUCAGUG